AUGUUUUUUAUUGAAUCAAAAUUAAUCUAUAUAACUUUUAAUAAUUUAUCUAAUUAUUUUAUCAAAUAUAAGAAAAAUGAAUUGUUUAACAUAGUAUACUUUCUGUUGUUUGUGAUUAUAAUAUUUUGUAUUGUGAUUGGAUUGUUUGCAUCAAAUAAUCGUAUUAGAGGUAUUGCUAUAUCAAUAACAGGUGGUUUUUUAAUUUACGAAUUAUUGAUUUUAAUUUUUAAUUUAAUAUUUUCUAAUUGUAAAGAACAACAGUUUAAACGAUAUGUUGAUAACAUUAUCAAAAUUAUAAAAAUAGAUGAAUUAUUAAAAAAUAAUGAAUACUUCCAUAUAUCAACGUUUCUAACUUUGUUUUAUGCAUUUUUUUAUAAAAAUUAUAAACGAACAAUAUUAAAAUCUUGUCUAUCAUGUAUAGAAUUUUUAACCUAUAUAAUGAUUUAUGCAUUUUCUAAUAGGUUAAUAAGCAUUGAUAAGACUUUGAUAUUCUUAGUUUUAACAAUUUUAAGUUUAAAAACAUGUUUUAAAUCCUUUUUUGAUGAUGAAAACAUGUUUGUACUUUUUGUAAUAACUAGAUAUGAUAUUUUUUAUUUAAUAACUUAUACUAUCUUAUUCAUUUCAUCAUCAUAUGUAAAGCUUGUUCGAGAUAUUUUAGUUAAUUUAAUUCUAUCUGUUUUUUAUAGUAUUAUUUUAAGUCUUUUUAUCUCAAUUAUUUAUUACGGAAGAGAUGAUUUUAUUAAUCGCUUAAAAGUACUUUUAAAAGAUGAUGUUGUUUUAAGAAAUAAUGAUUGUUUUAAUUUUUAUAGUAGGAAAAUUGGAAUAGAAUAUAUAUUUAUGGGUUGUUUUAUACUUUAUUUUAUUAUUAUAUUCAAAAUACAAAAAUUAUUUUCAAAUAAGAAAACUAUUGUUAAGAUGGAUUAUUAA